AACUCUUCCCUUUAAAGGUGUUUAAUGGCGGGUAUUUGAGCCAAAAUGGCCGUUUUAAAACAGCCACCUGGCCAGGUGAGUGACGUCACCGCUUCCUUCUCGGUGAUGUGACGAACAAGGAAGAAGUCGCCACCGCCGGUCGGUUCGCCUUCAUUGUUUCAAACAAACACACCCAAAAAGCGUAUUGUUCCCCAUUCUUCGACGUUAUGGAGGGCGUCUGCGCCCACUUCGUCGAGCGCCAGCGGCCGGCGCUCAACUUCGCGCUGCUGGUGGUCGCCUACGUCGCCUACCUGCUCGUCGGCGCCGCCAUCUUCUCCGCCGUCGAGCUGCCAUACGAGGUCCGGCUCCGCGGCGAGCUGGAGGCCAGCCGCCGGGACUUCCUGGCCAACAACACCUGCGUGUCGGACGCCAGCCUCCGCGAGCUCCUGGUGCGCGCGCUGGAGGCCAACAACUACGGCGUGUCGGUGGUGAGCAAGAGGAGCCGCCGCAACUGGGACUUCAUGUCGUCGCUCUUCUUCACCAGCACCGUGCUGACCACCACAGGUUACGGCCACACGGUUCCUCUGUCGGACGAAGGGAAGGCCUUCUGCAUCCUCUACUCCAUCCUGGGCAUCCCCCUCACCAUCUUCUUCCUCUCCGCCGUGGUGCAGAGGAUCAUGGCGGUGGUCACCCGCCGCCCCAUCGCCUACUUCCCGAGCCGCUGGGCCGUGUCCAAGGCCAAGUUCGCCGCCGUCCACGCGGCGGUCCUCACCGUGGCGGUGGCCUUUGCCAUCUUCGUCGUCCCGGCGUGGAUCUUCAUCUCUCUGGAGCAGGACUGGAACUUCCUGGAGUCCUUCUACUUCUGCUUCAUCUCCUUGACCACCAUCGGGCUCGGAGAUUACGUCCCAGGAGAAUCUCACAGUACGGAGGACGACAGUUAUCGGCAGUUCUACAAGCUGGUCAUCACUUUGUAUUUGCUGCUUGGUCUGGUGUGCGUUUUGGUGCUGAUGGAGACGUGCGCGGAGCUGCCGCAGAUGAAGCGCCUGCGUCAGCGCUUCUACCGGGACGACCUCAUGCGCGAGCUGGACGCCGAGACGGCCAACAUCAUCGAGCGGGAACACUCCGCCGACGCGUCCGACCGCGUCCUCCCGUCCGUGUCGCAGCUGGCCGACACCGUGCGGGGCGGCGGCAGGGCGGCGCCGUACACGCUGGCCUCCGGCCUUGAUGGGAAGCUCAACUAGCGCAGUGCAAAAUGGCCACCUGCUGUGCAACGUGUGGGUAUGUGUGAGGGACUAGCUAAUUCAUGGACAUAACAAAAUCUGGAAAAAGUGACGCUUUUGUGAAUACUUUCCAGAUGGGGGAAAGGACCAAAACUGGCCAAUUAGUGUUGCCAGGCUUUUGGCGUCCUAUUGAUUUUGGAACAAGGCUCUAGCAUAACCAAAUGUGGGGAAAAGUGAAGCACUGUGAUUUUGUUUUGUUUUGUUCUCCCUUAUCAGAACAUUCCCCACAGAUAAGAGCUGGGGCGGGAAUGCCUGCUAAGUUUCCACUUCCUGUCAAAGCCACACCACGACUUCAUUUAAAAACACCUACCUGCACAUUUUAACUAACUAAAUUCACCAACCAAAAUAUGACUUGGUUGGCCGCAGACCUCCACCAAAGCCUGUUACUUAAGAUCCAUACAGUAGUUACUGAAAAGCUCGCUCUCACAAGUUUUGUAAAACCUAAUGAGACAUUUUUAUUUAUUUUUUUUAAAGUGCAAACAAGUUGCCUUAAAAUGUGGGACUUAUAAAAAGUACGGUAGAUUUUAAUAAUUGUUACAGAAUAGUUUAUUGACGAGGUAGUAAUGCAAAACUGUUACUCUUUGUAAAGUUUUUCAUGUGCAAUAUGGAUUUGAACACCAGAGGGCACCAUUUUACAAAAAAAGCAAAUAACUAGUCAAAACUCCACCGAGGGAUUUCACCCCUUUUGCGGAAUGUCACGUGACCAAACCCGGGAAACGGCAUAGCUGACUUCCUGUGUAUGGUUCCCUAAAACGAGCAUGCAUGAUCACAUUAUUGUUGGAAGCCGAACUUGCUCAAAUGUUUUCUUUAUGGCUGGUGUCUUCGGACAAAACUUAAAAUACACGGAUAUCACUUAUUUAUACAAAUAUAAGUAAACACAGAUGAAGCCUAAACAUGGGAUAUUGUCAUCUUUGAUGGCUUGAGUGGUGACAUUGUUUCAUGUGGCUUCACCAUUCACCCGAACCGGGAGGAAGUGCUUUGACCCGUUUUGCACAUAUACCGGCUUGAAGAGGGCAUAUUGGACAGUGACGACAAAGUUUGAUGAUUGGCCAUGAGAUCCAAAACGCUCACAUUCGGCCCACCAAACCUGCUCGAGACAAUUAGCCACAUCCUGUAUGAUGUGUCUAGCCUUUUUGUAUGGUACAUAGAUCUAUCAACAAAUAUGAAAAGAUAUUUUACUAACCAUAAUAAAUGUGUGUAUAAACAUAG